GAAGCAAGAGACAAGUCGUACCUCACACAAGACUUCUUCUCACAUCUAAAGCAGUUGAGGAAAUGCUACUAUCUUUGGGUUUUACAUAAAUAUCACUUCCAGGGAGCCAUUGCAAGAUUAUCAUGGCCCCAAAUUCCAUCCACUGGUUCAGGAAAGGUCUCCGUCUCCAUGACAACCCAGCACUACGGGAGGCUAUCCGGGGGGCGGGCACGGUGCGCUGCGUUUACUUCCUUGACCCGUGGUUCGCCGGUUCCUCCAACGUCGGUGUCAACAGAUGGAGGUUUCUCCUCCAGUGUUUGGAGGAUCUAGACGCCAGCCUUCGGAAGCUCAACUCACGCCUUUUUGUCAUCAGGGGCCAACCAGCCAACGUGUUCCCUCGGCUCUUUAAGGAAUGGAAGAUCUCUCGGCUGACCUUUGAGUACGACUCAGAGCCUUUCGGGAAAGAGAGAGAUGCUGCCAUCAAGAAGCUAGCCAUGGAGGCAGGAGUAGAGGUUAUCGUUAAGACGUCGCAUACCCUCUACGACCUGGAAAAGAUCAUAGAGCUGAAUGGUUCGCAGCCUCCUCUCACCUACAAGCGUUUUCAGACUCUAAUCAGUCGACUGGAUCCGCCCGAGUUGCCCGUGGAGACGCUAUCGGACACCCUGAUGGGUCGCUGCGUCACACCCGUUGGCGACGACCACGGGGACAAGUACGGCGUCCCGUCACUGGAAGAGCUCGGCUUUGACACCGAGGGAUUGCCAACAGCUGUGUGGCCGGGAGGAGAAACUGAAGCUCUGACCAGGAUAGAGCGCCAUCUGGAGAGAAAAGCGUGGGUAGCUAAUUUUGAGCGUCCCAGGAUGAAUGCCAACUCCCUGCUGGCCAGUCCAACAGGCCUCAGCCCCUACCUGCGCUUCGGCUGCCUCUCCUGUCGCCUUUUCUACUUCAAGCUCACAGACCUCUACCGAAAGGUGAAAAAGAACAACUCGCCUCCACUCUCACUCUAUGGCCAGUUACUGUGGCGCGAGUUCUUCUACACCGCAGCGACCAACAACCCACGCUUUGACAAGAUGGAGGGGAACCCCAUCUGCGUUCGCAUCCCCUGGGACAAAAAUCCCGAAGCGCUUGCCAAGUGGGCCGAAGCCAAGACAGGCUUUCCUUGGAUCGACGCUAUCAUGACUCAGCUGAGGCAGGAGGGCUGGAUUCAUCACCUGGCCAGGCACGCUGUGGCAUGCUUCCUCACCAGGGGAGACCUGUGGAUCAGUUGGGAGGAAGGGAUGAAGGUCUUUGAGGAGUUGCUUCUAGACGCAGACUGGAGCGUGAAUGCAGGCAGCUGGAUGUGGCUGUCCUGCAGUUCAUUUUUCCAGCAGUUUUUCCACUGCUACUGCCCCGUGGGCUUCGGCCGGCGCACCGACCCCAACGGGGACUUCAUUAGGCGAUACUUACCUGUCCUCCGAGGUUUCCCCGCCAAGUACAUCUACGACCCGUGGAACGCUCCCGAGUCGGUGCAGGCGGCCGCCAAGUGCAUAAUCGGCGUCCAUUACCCGAAGCCCAUGGUUAACCACGCGGAGGCAAGCCGGCUCAACAUCGAGAGGAUGAAGCAGAUUUACCAGCAGCUCAGCCGAUACAGAGGACUGGGCCUUUUGGCAUCAGUGCCGUCCACCAAUGGGAACGGGAACGGGAACGGAGGAAUGAUGGCUUACUCUCCGGGAGAGCAGCAGCCAGGGACCAACAACAACAACAACUCACAUUUGCCUGGAGUGUCAGGAAGCUCCGUUGCAAAAAGUCACAGCAGCGGGAGCAUCCAACUCAACUUUGUCAGUGAAGAACAGUCGAGGCCUAGCUGCGUUCGGCAACAGCAACAACACAUGCAACCGCCGCAACAGCAACAGCAACAGCAACAGCAUGGAUACCACGCAGUGCCAGACGCUAACAAGACCAUCACCAGCAGCCGACUCUUCCACGAGUUUGCUGUGCCUCAACACCCAGGACUCUUCCUGCACAACAGAAGUGGCAUCACAGGAAAACGGGAACGCGAGUCGGAACGUGAAGGGUCAGGAGAGGAAGAUCCGUCGUCCUGCUCUGUUCACAAGAUUCAGAGACUACCCAGAACGAGAGGAGAUGCAACCGUCUGAAUCCACAUGAGUCACCACUCGGCCGACACCAGAGAGAAAAUCCCAGCGUCGCCGCCUAACCUCGAAAUACACAAAGAUGCAGACGUGAUUGCCUCUUCUUCCUCCUCUUCCUCCUCCACUGACACAGCGUAUCGAAAACUUCUCCGUGUCUUUUCAGUCAGAUAUUCCUUAGGGUGUAAACACAAAGGUGAAAAUGUGAUUCUUAUUUUUUAAUUUAUUCUUAGUUUUUUUAUAUAUAUAUAUAUAUUUUUUUUUUGCGUCUGAUACAAUUUCUAGAAGGGCUUUAACAUUAUAGAAAGAAUCCAUUGACUUCUUCUUAGUCGCGGACAGACGGACGUUGAGACAGGUGUGACAACCUCAGAGGAACGUGCAUUCAAAACGAAACGCCUCAAACUUACAGCUCGAUAGAUUAUUUAUAAUAAAAACAAAAAAAUGUAACUAAAAAACUACAUUAUUGUCUUAAAACUGCUGCCACCAGUCAGUAUAUUUUAUGAAAACUGAAGCAGCUAUAAAUGAAUUUUGGGGUGUUUUUUUCUUUUUUUAAAGCUGCAAAUACAACAUUGUCUACCGAUGCAUACAAUUUAAAACCAAACUAAUUAUGUCAGGGUUUACACAGAUUUCUAGUAUAUACAAUAAUAAUGUGCUACAUCUCAUAGCAUUAACUGGGAAAACACUCUCACCACUACAUAAACUGAGCAGUCAGUCUGACUCCAAGAACGCCGCAUUUAUUCCAACAUUCAAAUUUUAACAGUCUUUACAUUGGAAAAGCAGAAAAAAGUGCUGUUUAUAUAAAUAUUGUAUAGUUUUUGUGUCUCACGCUUGUAAAUAAGCCAGACUAUAAAAAAUCAGGAUGGAUUUAACUUUUUUAUCUUUUACGCUGUAGUGCUGUGUUAUCUUAAUCUCUGAUCUCACCAGUCGCAGUGACUAAAAAUCUGAAAUGUAAAAUCACACCUACAUCAGAACAACAACAGCAGCAGCCUGUCAGGUCAUUUCAGGGAAAACAUUGAGUAAGUUCUUGGCUACGGUCUCACUAGUUUGCAUAUAAAUAAUAAAUAAUAAAUCUUCAGGCACGAUAGCUCCAGCUGAUGAGUCACACGAUAUCCUUCCUCUUACCAAGAAAAAAAAAAAGGACUCACAGAUCUACUGGCCGUUCAGCUUAUGUGAUCACUUGAUGUAUCGGCAGCUAAAAAAUACCAACAUUUGUAGAGUUUAUUGGGACGUUACGACAGUACGUGCAUCUCAGAGAUAUUAAGGACAAUGCAGCAUUUGCAGCGCUUUUUCACAUAAAAUUAAAAAAAGAAGAAGAAAAAAAGAGAAACGUGUUUACGGUGUGUUUCUGUAGAUUAGUCGGGUCACUCUGGCUGUAAAACUGCCUUUUUUCUGAUCGUUUUUUAUUUUAUUUUAAUGUGGCAUUACGGGUGAAGGAGCUCGUAGCGUGUAGCUUUUCUUCAUAGUUCAUCGUGGGACAUUUGCCAUGGCGGACAUAUGUAGCGCAACACUUUUAACAAGUAAAACAUCCUCAAAAAAAAAUGUUGAGUCAGCGUAUUUCAGAUUUUCUUUUUUUUUUUUUUGGGGUGAGUUCGAUCCUGAGCAUUUUGCCACUUUUGAUGUAAUACAUGUAGAUUUUAAAAUGUUGGAGAUUCCCAUUGACAUCAGUGAAAACAUGAGCAGGCUCUGUGCUGUAUGGUUAUUGAGAACUAUAGGCGCUUUUCUUUCUACGGUGUCACACCUGCGUUCGACGUACGUCAAAGUAACAACGAUUCUUUGUAGGAUACAGAUUUUGUAGCGCUCGACUCACAGCUGUUGACCAUCUGAGUCUUGACGAUCCAUCUACAACAAUUUAUUUUAUUCUUAUUAUUAAAAUGUAACUUGACCCUUGUAAAAGUCUAUCACAUUUUCACCUCUCUGUUUCCCUCCUUUUUUUUUAAUGUCAUCAUCGACAAAUGUCUCAAAGACUUAUCACAACUUUUUUUUUUUUAAAGAAGUUUGAAGACAAAUUGCUUUUCUGGAGGAUCGCUGAGGAACACGUUCAACAACCAAAUAAAAACAAUGUUGCAGUUUAUGUGGGAGAGGAUUUGAUUGGAGGUCAAUCAACCAAUCAAUCAAUCAAUCAAUCAAUCAACCAGUCGUUGGUUAAAUGGUUGCAAUCUCCUCCUUAAAGGGUGUCACAUUUUUCUAAGAUUUCUUAUAAAACCAAAAACUUGCAUAAGUUUAAAAAAAAUAAAAAUAAAAAAUAAAUAAAUAUAUAUAUAUAUAUAUAUGUAUAAAUAUAACUGUUGAGUCGACACAGACAGGCGACAGCAUCUGAUCCAAAUGAGCCUCAUUCUGUCAGCAAAACAGAAACCAACAUUCCUCAUAAACGAGUAUACUCUCCUGAUGAAGGAUUUCUACUACUGUACAAGGAGUUCAGCAAUUUAUACACAUGCACACCUUUUGGUUACUUGCAACAUUUUGCGACCCGGAAUAUAUUAGAGAUAAAAAAUCUUGACUUAAACACCUAAACCAAAUGGGCAAGAAAUCAAUAUAAAUGUCAA